ACCACCUGGAUAAUAUUCUUAAAAUAUGACUAUUGACUUCAUACAAUGUUUAAGUUAACUUUAGCGUCUUUUGUGAAUACAGCUUUGUUACACACCAUAUUUUUUAAAUUUGGAAGUUUAACGCUGGCGACAGAAAAUCCAACAAAUAAUGGUUGCACACCAGAUUUUAUAAAACUAACAAUUAGUGACGACCUUCCAAAGAACGACAGAUCAACUAAAGUUCAAUUCUUUUGCAACAAUUGGAACAGUAUAAGCGUGUAUUUUCGGUUAAAAAAUACAUAUGACGAACACAGAUUCUUUUCUAUAGAGCAUGCCAGUACAGGGAAUUUAAAUUACCUUAUUUUAACAAUAACGAAUGUAUUGUAUAUAAACACUUGGAACACGGAUGUCAUUGUACUGAAAGAACCGUACAGAAAUGAAACGCUAAAUAUAGUUCCAAUUAAGAUAGAUGUGAAAGAAGCUAACGACCGGCCAACUAUUCUACCGCAAAACCUUUUAACGGAAGUACGUGAAGAUGUCCCAGUCGGUACACUCGUAGGAAACUUCUUAAUUUCUGAUCCGGAUGAUGGGAAAUUCGGAGAUUUACAAGUUGGAAUGAACACUCGGGAAGAUAUAGAUAUAAAUGAAUGGUUUGAAGUAGUAAAAUUAUCAAAUGAUACUAUCCAAAUUAGGACAGCUUCAGUACUAGAUGCGGAUGAAUACUGGAACAGUCAAAAUGUCAUUCACAAUGAAAGACGUGGACCUACCUUCACUUUUGAAGUCGAGGUGAGGGACGGCGGAGGCUUAAAAGAUCAUUCCAUAAUCGAAAUCACAAUUAUAGACAUCGGUGAUUUAAAACCAGUUUGCAAUCAUCAGACUUUAACAAACCAAACUCAUUGGACAAAAAGGGGUGCAAUUGUUACCAAUUUAGACAAUUUUUGCCGUGCCCGAAACUAUAUGAGCGCUGUUGUUUUCUUCCAAGAAGUAACAUACUCUUUGAUAUCAGACAGCUGUAAAUUUUCAGAUUGCUUCAAGACUUCUUCUAAUCGAUACAAAGGCUUUAAAACCACAACGUUCAACGGGCACACUUGUCAGCGGUGGGAUUCACAAACUCCUCACAAACAUUCACUAAAUCAAACCGAUAGAUUUCCAGACAUUUCUGUAUUUGAUGCUGCUAAUUAUUGUCGAGAUCCCGACGGCGAAGGGUUACCGUGGUGUUACACUAAAAACGCUAGCGUUAGAUGGCAGUUUUGUGGUAUUUACAAGUGUCCGGGUGUUUCAGAUUGUCUCAAGACUUCGAUUUCUUCUAAUCGAUACAACGGCUUUAAAACCACAACAUUCGACGGGCACACGUGUCAGAGGUGGGAUUCACAAACUCCUCACAAACAUUCACGAAAUAAAGCCCAUAAAUUUCCAGACAUUUCUGUAUCUGAUGCUGCUAAUUAUUGUCGAGAUCCCGACGGCGAAGGGUUACCGUGGUGUUACACUACAGACCCUAAACUAAGAUGGCAGUUUUGUGGUAUUUACAAGUGUCAAGGCGUGUUUGACAUUACUAAUAAUGGAAUGGUAAAACUGCAAAAUGAAGUUCCGAGCGACAUCAUGAAUUGCACUCUAUCAGUUAGGGCUUCAGACAAAGCCUUUCCAACAAUAAAUGCCACUUUUUCUUUACUUAUUGAAUUUACUAAGUGUUUAAGCGAUACAGAUUACCAAAAUAUACAAUGGGAAUCAGGGACCCUAGAACAGACCACUUGGCGUGAAUGCCCGGCUGGAUAUAUUGGCCAGGUAUCACGGUACUGUACAGAAAGAGGUUAUCAGGAUCCCGUGUACAACUGUACGAAAUCUUCAAUUGAUAACAUUUACAAAAAGUUGAUUGAGGACAUGAAGACUGGUCAGGUAGAUAUAGUUGAAGUAUUGGAUGAACUAUCAAUUGCGACAUCCGCCACUUACGAGAAUAAUACACUUUUUAUCGGAGAUAUAGUCACUGCAUUUAAUAUACUUACAAAGAUAAUUGAUGUGGUAACAGUCAACACAACAAACCUUGAAAACAUAACAAACGCAUAUGUACAAACAAUCAACAAUAUUCUGGAUGAAAGUACAAUACAAACGUGGAAGGUGAACAUAAAUCAGACAGGCUCUGGGGCAGACGUUGUUCUAAAGAUAACAGAUAGUUUUGUGGAGAAGAUAUUGACAACUUCAAAAAAUAUCACUGCAGAGAUAUCAAAGUCAAAUUUGUAUUUAAAAAUGGGAUCAGUACAAUCCUGUAGCGAAGCACUGAGUUUCCCUGAACGUGAAAAAGGAAGUUUCCUAGAGUGGGCUAGACCAAGGAAGGACAAACUUAUGAUUGACUGUGACAGCACUGUCGAAUCUUUUAGUGGAAUAAUGUACAGAAAUCUUUCAAUGAUUAUACCGUCGUUUACGAGCAGCACUAAGUCUGAAGAUCUUCGUGUGAAUGCCCCGGUCAUAUCAUUUACAUUUUAUCCCAUCAUUAAGCGACAACUUGUUAACCCAGUGGAAAUUACAUUUCAGUUGUUUAACCAUUCGUUGGAUAAUGCGAGAUGUUCUUUUUGGAAGGACUCGAAGAGCGAAACGUCACAAGGUUACUGGUCUGACGAGGGAUGUAGACAGAAAAUAGUUAACAAGGAUAAAGAUGUUGUUGUUUGCGUUUGCAAUCAUCUUACUAAUUUUGCUUUACUUAUGAGUCCAUCCUCUACAAAGAUUGACGAGGAUCAAAGCAACGCACUAUCAAUCAUUUCCAUGAUAGGAUGUAUCGUUUCCAUAAUAUGUGUAGUAUUGUGUUUAGCUAUACAUGCAUUUUUCUGGAGGUUCGUUAAAUCUGUGCGAUCAAUCAUUCACAUGAAUUUAUCCUGUUGGUUAGUUGUUGCAUAUAUUCUGUUUCUUGCCGGGAUAAACAGAACAGAAAACAAGGACGUUUGCACAUUAAUUGCGGUACUUCUUCACCUGGUGUUUCUUAUAAUUUUCUUCGGAAUGCUGACAGAGGGAUGUAAUCUUUCAUAUACGGUUCUCAAACCACUGAGUUCUAGAAAACCUGGAAUACCACUAAUGAUAGCGUCUUAUGUCAUCGCUGUUAUAAUAGUCGUGGUAUCUAUGGGUGUAUCACAACUUCAUGGAUAUGGAACCGAACAGACAUGCUGGUUGUCGACUGAAACUGGAUUGAUAUGGGCUUUUCUUGCUCCGGUUCUUGUUGUUAUACUGGUUAAUUUUAUAAUUGUUGUCUUAGUGAUUCGGACAAUGUGCGGCACUACAGCAAUGUCGAAGAAAUCAACCAAAGGACGGGCAAAAGCAGCAUUACGUUGCAUAUUGAUACUCAUGCCGUUGAUGGGUCUGACAUGGGGUUUUGGAGCAUUGUCUCUGAAUAGUGACACAAUUGUUUUCCAGUUCAUUUUCGCUAUUCUAAAUAGUUUCCAGGGACUGCUGAUAUUCAUAUUUCACUGUGUGAUGGACAAAAAGAUAAAAGAUGCGCUUUCAAAACAGAGAUACAAGUGGCUUCAGUCGUUGCAGAGUUUCGGAGUACCUGAAGGAAAGAGAAAUAAAACAGAGGACACAUCUGACUUUUGAAGACAAAGAAGACUGAGUUAAUCGAAUGAGGACUACAAAUAAAUCUGUCGGGCAUACUGAAUUUUUACAACUGGAGUUUUUUCUAUAACAUCAUUUUGUCAAAUGUCUGCUCAUUCAGAGCUUUCCAUGGAUCCAUCGAGUAAUUCAAAUAUAUGUUUGUCGGCCAUACGCAUAUUUACAAAAUUCAAUGGAUCCAUCAAUGUUGUAUUUGUUGAAUGUUUUCAUAUUCUAAAUUAUCCUCCCAAUCAAAUAUUGAAUGUUUCAUAUGUCAGUAUGCCAAUUGUCUGUAUAUUUCCAUGGAUACAUCAUAGUUUUCAAUGGAUCAGUUGAUAAAGUAUUUUAAUCAUCGAUUUCCUAGACAUCUACUAAUUUUCAGCCUUCAGAAUGUCUAUCAAUGUAGUAUUCCAAAUAUAGAUCUGUCGAACGAUUGCAAAUUCUUUACUAUAUACAACAUCUUGUGUACGUGAUAUUGCAUAAACUUCCAAAUAUGUGUGAUUGUUUCUUUUGUUUUUAUAUAAUAUGGAUAAAUACAAAUGUGUUCUUGCAAAGAAUAAAGAAUAAAUGAACAGCCAUUGUCACUGUGGUUCAUGUCGAAUUGUUAUUCAGAUAUUAAGAAAUGGUUUGAUAUUUUGAUAGUGAUUGUAGCUCAUAUUUUUUAAAUUUACAUUUAUCGUACUUUUUAAAACUAUACAAAUCUAUAUAUGUAUCACCUUUUUUGUAAAAAA